AUGAGAUAGCUUUAUAUUUCUUAAGUACUUCCAGUUUUCUAAGAUAUCACUGAUUCCAAAACCUCUAGAAUUCAAAAUGCAAAAAUUGAUUUACCAAUUCCUAUAGCUAAUUCUGGUUUAGUCAUAGAUAACUCUAGCAACAAGCUCUAGGAUAGCUGGUGA